UAUUUUAAAGUGGAAGUUCUGUUUUAACGAUUCCGAGGAUGAUGAUGCUUUUUCAAUGAUAUAAUCGGAUUUUGAGCACCGAUAAGCAUCAUGGAAACAUUAUUACCUUCGGAAAUAGCUAGAUUAGUUCUCGGAUACCUCGAAGGUGAAAAAUGCAUAGAAGCAGCAAAGGUGUUUUUAGAGACAUCCCCACAUUUGCAAGAAUGUCGUACUGUAAUUUCAAAUGGAAGAAGAUUUAGUACUAGAGUCAGCGGAACGACAUUGUUAGAUAUUAUGGAAAAGUUUUACGCGAUUAAUGCAACAGUUCAAGAACGUCUCGGCAAAAUUGCCGAUUGUGAGCAAUUAAAGCAGUGCGGAGACUUACUGGAACAGUUGAAGUUUCUCAUCGAAGAAACUCGUGGGCAACGUUUCGUUGUUAAUAUAAACGUUCCUUCGCAGACUAAUUCUCAAAUGUGCAAUGGUUCUCCUAUAAUAUCUAGUAGUACACGUAAAAGACGUCAUAGUAACAGUGAUCGCGAACGGUGUAAACGUACGAAGGUAACAUCGAAUGCACCUCAGCAGCCUGAUUCACCCUCCACUCGAGUAUCCAGUUUCGAUAGCGUAGAAGCAACUCCUUUGGAAAGUUUACCAGGCCACGUGGAUACGUUCGAAGGAUCCAGCAGAUGUUUCGGUGAUCCGAAGGAGAAGAAAGUGAAUAACUCUGCGUGGCAGCAUCAAGGUGGGCAUCGAAAUGUUCCGAACAUAGGUGAGGAGGAGGUGAUCGUGGAUAACGAGGAGUGUGAAGAAAGCGAUAAAAAUAAAGACUCGUACACGGUUGAAAAAUGUACUGCGGCAACAAGCACGGAAGAAUUAUUGAGCUACUCGUGUGCACAAGUUCAGACUACACCGUACGAUACACCGGAGUCCGAAUCGGAAAGUAACGAUGAACCGAUAGAAAAUCUAAGUCUGCUAACGAAAGAGCUGUUGAACCGUAUAGAGUUGCAAGAGCGAAUCGCUGAGAAUAUCAAUAAAGCGAUACUUCCAACGGAUACAUCUUUGAAAGAUGAAAGUUUAAACGAUUCCGCGAACGGUGAAACAAACACUUCUAUCGUGACAGAAUUGAAUAACGCUAUUAAGUCAAUAGUAGAGGCAACAGAGUCUGAUCCCGUGUUUGAAAAAUUUCUCGACGAAAUGAUCGGACCGUACAACAGCGCAGAGACUGAUACAAGUCCCGAUAAAGAUACCGAAACUAAAUCGAAAUUGAAAUUUCUCAAUGGAUCGCGAGAGAAACAGCAAGGUGAAAUGAUUCCAAACUUGGGUAACGAUAAUCCACCAGAAUCUACGAUAUUAGAUGUUAAACCGUCUGGUGAAUUAGAUGCAGUAGGAACAGCAUCAACAGCAGCAGCGGAUGUGCCAUUGAAGCAUAGACUUCGUAGCUCUUCGAGACAACAAAAUGUUCGAAUCGAAGACGAACAACGAGAUCAAGACAGAGAAUCGUAUAGUAUUUUGGAAGAUCAGAACGCCGCUGCGGUGUUAAGCAUAAUAAAUGCAAACGUCGUUAACAAUAAAUCGGUAAACGACGAGAGAGUCAUUGAUACCACGAAAGAAAUUGUACGUUUAUUGGAGAAUGACGAUGAGAGAAAGUUGCCGACAUUUGAAAUUUCGUUUAACAAAGAUACAACGAUGAGAAUAACAACAUCCAGAACAGCAACAGCAGCAGCGGCAUCGUUGCUAACAACAGCGACAGCAUCGACGACGACGACGACGACGACAACAACAAUAGGGCAAAGUGAAAAAUUCGUAAGCGACGAUAAGCGAGAAGACGAUAUCAAGAUUGUUAAAACGAUUCAAGGUAACGACGCGGCAUCGUCAAAAAUGAAAAAGGCUUCGGUGAAACGAUUGCGAUCGACAAAGCCUAAUAAACAGCGCGGUACAGAGAAUAUUGGGAGCGAUUACAUGUCCGAGCAAAACAUAACGACUAUACCGACAUUGAUAAUGUGCUCGAAAGAAGAAAUAAGCAAUAUGUUGUCGACAAUUUCUCCUUAUCCGCCUCCAACUCGUUCCAUAGCAUCUACUGCAAAUUCACGAUUCAUUCCUAUCGUUCCCAAGGAUCCUACUACCAAUAAAACAAGCAAAGAUUUCGUAGAAACGUUGUAUCUAAAAACUGUGAAUGUCGCUCAAAAAAUUACAUCACCACUUCCUAGCGUCCUUAAUAUACCGGCUGUCGGUUCAAACAGUUUAAUUUCUCGCGCAGCAAAUACCGCAACGGUAACGACGACGGUAACGAUGACCGAGACGGCGACAGCAUCAGCAACAACGAUAACGACAACACCGUCGGAAACAUGUGAAAAGGGGAACAACAAAAUGGAUGAUAAGAAAGAAAAAUGCACCGCAUCCAUUGACACUGUGAAUAAUUUGAUCGGUAACUCAGUUACGAGUCACGCGGUGUCUAACGUUGGGAAACUGGUCACCGGAGAAUCGAUAACUCUGUACGGUAAUGAAAAUCAUGUAAAAACAUUACUGGAUAGUUCGAGCAUGCCUACGAUAAAUAUAGAAGAUAACGUUAGCCUAUCAGGUUCUGGAUUGUCUCCUUAUAUAAAGUUCAAUUGCAGCAAAAGUAGUCAAAACCACAGUUUGUCAGAUAUUGAUUUAACGCCAAUCUUGCAGAAUGCCGCACCAGUUAAAGCGAAUACCAACAUCAAUACCGAUUGCGAUUUCAUUGAUAAACGAACUCCAAGAUCCUUGCUGAGAAGUAGAUCGAAGAAUCACAGGUUAAGUUUAUCAACACCUAGAAGGAGGAGUAACCAUAUAAGGGCUCUCGAUUUUAACACUCCAAUGAAGAUAGCGGCAGCGCCGACGGCAACCGAAUCAUCUUUACGUAGAACUUCCCUUUUCAAGUCCCCACCGUUUGCUGCAAACGCUACUACACUAUCCACACAUAAAAUAAAAAGUCCGUUGAAACUUUGUCGUCCUUGUAAAAUUCCGAUUGCGACUAGAAGCCCCGUGCCGAAGCUAUUGGGCGAUUGGGAGAAACAUAACGGAGUUGGUCUGAUUAUAGGCGAUGUUCCUUCUCCACGUUCGGAUAUUCAAGUCUCAACAACAGGACAGUCCAAGACGUCAACAAAAAUCGCUAAAGACACGUGGGACGCAGAUUUACGGAAAGCUAUACAAAUUACCGUGCAACAAGAUCAUCAGAAAGCCAAGGUGUCUACCGGGAAGAAGAGCAAUUGUCCGAAACUUGCCACUAAAUCGAACGUCGUCGUCGUCGUUACAUCGACAAAGGACAAAUGCUGCAACUCACGCGUAUUCAAGGAGCAAGGUAGAAGUACUGCGUCAAAAGAGGCUGACGUUGCGGCAGAUGAAAAGGAGGGACGUAUCAUCGGAGAGCAGCAGAAUGCGAGAAACGCGCCGAUUGUAAAAGGCAGCACAGAUUCUAAGCUAUCAGAAACGGAGAAAACUUGUACCCAGCCAACGGAUAAUUCCAGCAACAACGGCGACGAUGAUGCCGUCAAUUCACGCGACACCAUCAUAAUCACAACAGCAGUUGCAAUGACGACGACGACGACGACGACGACGACGACGAGUAAAUGUAAAGAUGUUUCCGAACCAAAAAACAUCGACGAGGAAAAGAACCGACGAUGCAGCAAUAACAUGACAACGACAAUCGAUAACGAUAAUACGAAUUCGGAAAUGGAAAAGAAAAGCACGAAAAAGUACGCUCAGUUAAAAACAUUGAAGACUAAUCUGAAUAAAUGCAGCCAGAUCGAAAAAAAACCGUGUUCUUUAGGCAUAAUGACGCAAUGUUCUGAAUUCUCGAAUCGAACUUCCACGGAUAUUACGCAACAAUUCCUCCAGCAAAUGCCAAAUUUGAACGAUUUAGAAACACCGAGGAAAUUUGAAAGGCCUUCCGAUGUUCCACCGACGCCAAGAUUACUCAGUCCGAGCAGUAGUACGACGCCGUUUGUAAAGUCCAACGAAGAUUCUAGCAAGUUACGUGGUUUCAUAAAUACCCCUGAAUUUCCGACAACACCUUGCAUCGCGUUAACACCAAAGAUCUCGGAGGAAACCGCCGAUGACAAUACGAAAAAGGAAACGUUUCAUUCUUGUUCUCCGUAUUAUAAACCAACAUCCGAGCAAAAUGAAAGUUUCGAGAACUUAUCAAGAUCAAAGUCGGCUAACGGUGUUCAAAAAUCAUCCAUAAUACCGUCACAAUGUAUCAACCAAUCUACACCUCGUAGCGUUAUCACCACCUCUGCAAAUACCUAUCAAGCUUGUAUAUCUGCCAAAUUAGAAAUAACACAGUUCGAAGUGAUCAAAGAGAAUUUGCCAAAGGAAGAAGCGAUAAAAGAACUUAAAAUAUCAGCCAAUUCUCGAGAUUCAGAAAAGUAUUUAUCGAAUAGCGAAGAUUCGAAAGAUAGUGAUGCAUCAUCAUCAUCGUCAACGUCAUCUUCCUCCUCCUCUUCUUCAACGUCCUCAUCGUCCUCAUCAUCAUCGUCGUCGUCCUCGUCGUCGUCGUCGUCGGGAUGUAAAAAAGUGUCGAAGCAAAUUUACACCGAUACGAGCAACGAGCAUAUUACAGGAAAUAGUUCACCAAAGUUGGAAAUCAAUUCAACGGAUCUGCUUCAUACGGAAGAGGCAAUUAUUGCUUUGGAAAAGUGUGAAUGUUCGCCGUCGAAAGUAUUUCCAUUAUUGAAAUGUGAAGAAGACUUAAAAUCUGGUACAAAAGAAACACCUGCCAAAGAUGAAACUUUGUUGAACGAAGUAGACAUUUCCGAGACUCCGAAUAGUUCCAAGGCUGGCGUGGAGAAUCUGACCAAUUUAUCUUCGAAAAUUUCAGCGUUAAUAUCAACUUCAGAAGAGUGCAACAAGUUGACAAAACCGAAUGAAAAUCUAUUUGUAGAAAAUUCUCCGACCAAGACGUUUAUACAAAAACCAAAAAUAUUAAAUAUACAGCACGUAAGAUCCAACUCCUUGAUUACCUUCAAACCUACCAAAUCGACGAAACAUUCUUCACUGCUGCGAAAAAGGCAAAGAUCUCUAACUGUAGAUGAAAAAUUUGUUGUUCAAUUGGAAGCUAAACGUCAACGUAUGAUAGCGAAAUUUCGAGAAAUUCCUAAAGCCAGUCUUACUAAAGGAAAAUCUCAGCAAACGCGUAUUAUCUUCGGAAGUGGUAAAAGCAAUAUUAAUUUAAAGAAAGUGAACAACCGAUACAGGCAUAUCCGCCGGAACAACGAGAAUGAAUUUAACGAGAAGAAAAGAAACAGGAAGAAAAAGAAAAAGAUGGAAGAAUCAAAUAACAACAAUACCAGUGACAAUAUCAGCAGUAAGAACAACAAUAACAACGACGACGACGACGAAACUCAUGUUAACAUGAUCACUAAUGGGAAUGUUCGUGGCAAUAAUAGCGGUAACAGCAGUAGUAGUACUCAUAAUAGCAUUGACAACAAUAACGAUGAUAAUAAUGACAAUGACAAGAAUAGUAAUUGUGACAAGGACGCAAAAAUAAAGCAUUCAUCUAUGAACGAUGCAGUACCAAGAGGUAUAAAGUGUAGUUCUGAAAAAAAUGUUAAUAAUAACAAUAGUAUACGAAAUGACACUUCGACAUUUGAAAUUACGAAUAAGAUAGCCGCAGAGGCAAACGAUGAUUCAAAGAAAAUUAUCCAAGUAGCGACUAAAGAUAUUAUUACAAAUGACGUUCGAGUCCAUGAUACGAUUAAGAAAAGACAACCUGCUGAAACGGAAGAUCAAAUUUAUAAUUUGAACGCCAGUGUGGAGAGUGAAAAAGAAACGAUACAGUCUGAAGCGAUGGAUGCGGCGGCGGAGGGUAUAAACGUAGAAACGAAACACGAUCGUGCUAAAAUUUGCGCUCUAGAAAAACCUAUACAUUUCUCAGAAGAAUACAAGUUGGACAGUAGUCAAAUAUCGAAGAAUAGCAACGAGGAAGACGCGUCAUGUAAAUUAAAAGAAUAUCCGAACAAUAAUGGUAAAACAAAUAUCUUAUUCAAAUCAAAAAUUGACCAAGUAAAACGAGAUUUGUUUAGCGAUGACGAGAAUGAUCACAAUCGAACGUUUAGUGCUAUCAACUUGUCGUCUUCUAAUCAAAGACACGAUGGUGGCAAUGGUGCUGCUGCAGCUGCUACUACUACUACUACUACUACUACUACUGCUACUACUACUACUACUACUACUACUACUACUACUACUAACACUACUACUACUGCUACUGCUACUGUUGUUCAUACUCGAGUGCUCGACGACGAAACUGGCAAAACAACACUAGCAGAAAAUACCGAUUCGGAAAAUCCCAAGAAUUUAUCACGCGUUCUUCAAUGUUUGGAACUCGUUCCCACGUGUAAACACGAUUACGUGGAGCAAUCACAAUAUCAAUAUAUGAAAUACAAUCAUAAAACGGAUCUCAACGUAACUGUACCCAACUCGGUAGAAUAUCAUUUUCUAUAUGACGACAACGUGUUGUCCUUCAAGAAAAGAAGGCGAAGAUACAGCAACCAUGAUCUGGAAUUUCAAAUUAACAUCAUUUUAAACGAUCAAAAUUACGACGAAUGCGUUAAAGUGAUGACAGCUACUGAUUACGAAGAAAUAUUUAAUCUCCCGCCAAAAUCCAGAAAAAGAUUUGGAAGUAGGAAAUCACCCAUCAAACAUGAAAAUAGUUGCGAAACCUUCGGUAAAACAAAGUCUAACGAUUCUUCAAUUAUAAAAACUAUACAUACCAAGCCGUUAGCAACUUCCUCUCCACUGGACAAACCACUUGUGUGUAAAGUGAAAAAGAUCGCUAUUAAAACAUCUAUGAUCAACGAAAAAAAUAACGACAUGAUGCAACACGAUAAUAGAAAACAGCUAAAAGCAGAGAAAACUCAAGAAAUCGAUAAAGAUAAUGUUGCAGCAAAAGUUCCGAAGAAGAAAGUAUCGGAAACAAAAGAAAAUAAACAGAUUGAAAAACGACAGUGUUCAACGGAUCCGCAAACAUUACUGAACAAUUUGGAUCUGGAUAAGUUUCUAACUUCCGUUCACGGCCCAGCAUGAC